UUUGCUACUUCAGCCAAAGAGCGACGUAGGUUUUUACUUACUGAAAAACCAAUAGGAAUUUAGAGGUGGAGCAGGCGACCCGGAAUCUCUUUGUUGUUUACUGUUACGGAAAGAUGGCUGAUUCAGAUGAUUUGGGCACAGCUGAGAAAGUAACAGUAACCGAUGGUACUGACAUGUAUUUGUCAAUUGGCAAGAACGUUUUUGGGAAGGCCAAGUCUGCCACAUCGGGAAGGAGCAAUAGGGGGACUGCGUCAAGCAACUCACAAGAGACUGUUAGUGCUGGAGAAUAUUCCAGGAAAGUGCAGGAGUGGUUAUGGCUAAAUUACUGCAGCUAUGUGAACUGGCAAAGUUACAUGACGGGAUUGUUCGUCAACCCGUUCCCUGGUUACUACGGUGGUGGCACUGCUAACAGCCAAAACGGAGCUACAUCUGGUUAUUCUUCUGCGGAUGCUGGUAGCAUGUACUAUUAUCAGUUUCCACUGUAUCCUCCCCAGUAUAUAACGCCCCCUGCAAGUGCUACUAGUCCAUCAGCGCAGCAAUCGGUUGGAGCUAAUCAGUUUUCCAGGGCUGCGUCACCCACGGCUGCAGUUCACCGUAACGGAAAUAUACAUCCUGCAGGUCGAGAGUACUUCAUCCCGUCACUAGUACACAGAUUCAUAGCUGAAAUAGUGGACUUCUUUAUCCUCUUUUUCAUCAAAGCAGCUGUUAUUUUAAGUAUCAUGCAUAUCAGUGAAAUAAAGGACAUCUCCAAGUUUGCCAUGCAUUAUAUAGUUGAAGAAAUAGAUGAUGACACUUCCAUGGAAGAUCUGCAGAAAAUGAUGAUAGUAGCUCUUGUUUACAGAGUGGUGGUUUGUUUUUAUGAGAUCGCUUGUAUCUGGGGGGCUGGUGGUGCUACCCCAGGGAAGUUUCUGUUAGGAUUACGAGUGGUGACAUGUGAUACCUCAGUCUUAGUUGGACCAAACAGAGUACUGGUGAUUCCAUCAUCAAAUGUUACUUUUUCAGCGUCUACAAUAAGAGCCUUAAUCAAGAAUUUUUCGAUUGCAUUUUUCUUUCCUGCAUUUAUUACCUUGCUAUUUUUCCAGCAUAACAGAACAGCCUAUGAUAUCGUGGCUGGAACUAUUGUGGUUAAAAGGAAUGGAAUGAGAUGAUGAAAAUUGAACGUUCUUCUAUACAAGUUAUUGAGACUGAGACUUUGUUAUGCUUAAAUUCUUGUGUAAAGGAACUAAACUACCAAUGGAAGUCAUUAGACUUAACUCUGGGAUUCAAAGAAGAACCAACAUGUCAGUGUUAAAGAGAAUGUGUUAAGGCAAACUGUAUGCUGUAUAUAUUGUAUGUAAAUAUAUAUAUUGCUCAUUUGGCUGGCGAUUUGUGAAAAAAAUCUAUUUUUAUGAUUCACACAGGCUUAAAACCUACUGCUUGAAUAGGAAACAUCAGUAUUUGCCAUCAUGAGGAAAAGCUGCUGCCAUUUUAUAUUCAAAUGGAUAUAUUUCAGUUUGGCUACAAUUAUAUUAUUUUGUGCAGCACAUGAAUGUUGCUAGACGUUAAAUGUAUUAUUUUCAAGUAUCAUAUAUCAGCAAGAGUGGCACAGUAGUAUGGAUUAUUCUAAAUGGGGCAGGCUGAUAAUUAGUGCAUUCACAGUGUUUCACAUACAUUUUAGAACACACCACUUUGAAGACAUUCUUGUGUCUCAGGAAAGCUUGCUUCCAAGAAGACUCUACCAAGAAGAGUGCUAAAAAAAUGGAAAACAGCUAAUCAGAAAAUAAUUUGUAUAAUGACUGUAUAUCAUUGCUGAAAGGUUCUGUUUUAUGAUGAAUCUGGUCAGCUGGCAUAAAACAAAGACGUUAGAUCCAAACAGUGAUUGAUGUCUUGCCUUAUAUUAGUCUGUGCUGGUAAAUAUGGUCCACUCCAACAUAA